CGGUGUCAGCUUUCGGUGCUUCAGUUUCGCUGUGCUUACUUCCUAAUUAUCAGUUGGAUUCAACUGUCCGGCAUCGGCAAACGAGUGGAGGGUCUCAAUUUUGAAUUCGAUCACGAUGAGUUUCGACCCUAAAAGGCCUCAUGGUAAUCUAUACUCAAGGUAAGCUUAACUAUUGAAAUGAACUACUCAGCUAACUGCCGUACACAAGAUAUGCGAACGCGAAGGAGUGGUGGGACUUAGUGAGAGCCCUAACUUUCCACAGGGUUCAGGACGAUCUGGUUCUACUUUACAAGAAGGGAUUAAAAACUAUCACAGCAUUUCCAGCGAUCCCACGCAUAGAGUUCACUGAUCUUGAUGAUAUCAAAUUAAAACUGGCCGGGAAAUUCGAUCAGAGCGUCAUGACAGCAACUGCAGUUGACGCAGCGACAGCGACGACAGUGGAGGAAGUAGAGGACGAAGCACCACCCGAGGACGAAGGACUCCUCGUUUCCGCAGAGCCCUUCACCCAGCCCACUGUUCCUGCCGAUCCUGAAGUCAUUAAGGCCACGCGAACUGACGAUGGGCUCGAGCAUGCUGUAGCGAUCAUUCAACGCUGCUAUCGACAACACAGAAUUCGCAGAGAGCUCAUCGAAUUUUCCAAGCUCCACAAAAUAUUCUAUGAGUGCGCAAAAGAUACACAGCGACUAGUGUUUGACUGGAGUAAAGAGCCCAGGCAUCGCCACUGCUAUAUCUCGCUCGUUCGAGGCCCGCUUCCUCAUGUCUUGUUUGUGUUAUCAAAAAUGCUGGUGCUUGUUAGGAAUGCGAAGGGUGCGGGUACUCGCAGGCUUGGUGGUGCCAAAUCUGAGACUGAUAUAGAGCGCGGUAUGGAGAGGGUCCGAGCGCUCAAGGAUAUAUACAAAACAAUCCUUAGACUUCAAGAAUCAAUUGGUCCGGGCAGUGACGCAUUCCGCUCAGGAGAUUCCGCGAAGUUGAAGAAACAUGUGGAGGCUACGAGGGAGGUUCUCAAGGUAUCGAAGCCUUACUUGAAAAUCUCCGAUAUUAAAGAACUGGAGGGGCAUAUGGCUAUUGGAAUUAAGGGUAUUAUCACCCUACCUUCGCCACCGAAGAAGAACGAUGAGAAGCCCUCGCUAAACACGGAGGAUAUUGAUGGGGUAUAUGUUGGUGCGACAAGGGUGGGGUAAUUUACCUGGGAUAUGGGUGUGCGAUCAAACUAGAAUUCUGCUGCAAGUGUCAAUUACUUCAGCAUUGCCUAGUUCUGUACAUUUUCGGGAUGGGACUGGAUAGUUAAUCUGGUGUACGUGUCAGUGUGAUUGGUGAUCUGAUUGCAUUUUCGAGUGACUGUGCUCGAUCUAGUUUCUCUGUUCUCGGUAUGCAGAGUAGGCAGAUAUGUAUUGUGCUUCAGUCAUCAAUAUGUAGCACAUACACAUGAACCUCAGCGUUGAUGCGAGCGUUAGAGCAAUGUGCCGAUAAAGUAGGCUUGUUGGAAGAAUUACUUA